GUGUCGUCCGUCCAACGUUUAGACACACAUGUCAUUUUUUUUCUCCAAAGUGUAUCUAUCAUUUGUAUGGACUAAUAACAGUGGCAGUAAUGGAGAUGACAUGGGAUGAGCACCCGCCGCCUGAUGGUCCUUUCUUUACCAGGGAUCUCUAUGAAAAACACUCUCUCACUCCUCAUAUCAGGGAACUUUGGGCCUUUCUCCAAAGUCCUAUGCAGAAUUCCAACAUGAAACAAGAGUGUGAUGUCGAGGCUGCAGAAGCCUCCAGCUCUCUUUCCAUAAAAGAUGCUGCAGAGUCUAAAGACAACAGUUGCAUCAGCAGCCAAGUGUCCUGUUGGGAGAGCUUUGAUAGUGAUUCUUGUGAAGACAAUGGUGCUAAGAGCACAGACGAUGGUAAGAAUGGUGGAAAAACCAGAGUAAAGAAGGAGCAGGUUGAGACUGGGGCUGAUACUGCGUAUCCUGAACCCAGGCAGCCCUUUCCCUGCCUGUCCAGCCUCUCCAGCACAGAACAGAGCACAUAUGUUGGCUAUUUAAUGAGGAAGAAAAACAGGAAUCCUCCACAGAGGUUAAAGACACGAGUAGAGAGUGAAGUCAUGCAGUUCAUGAAGUAUUUGCAAGAUGUGGCUAAAAUGUCUGCAGAGGACUACAACUUCAUAUCACAAGGAGCUGUGCAAUACUCAGAGGAAUUCUUCGGGGCCUGUUUAGAGCACAUUGGGACACUUCCUCAGUUCUACCAGAUUCACGAGAUGACCAGUUUGACGGGGGGAACGUUCAAUCCAGGGCUAUCGCUGACCUUCGAAAAACAGCUGUUGGCUAUGGGCAGUGUGAAUAUUACGGACCACAAGAUAGUGCCUACUGAUGCUCAGCUUGCAUCGGAUUAUCAGACUGUUUCAUCAGAGUAUCCUCCAGCUAAAAAGGCUAAGGACAUGCAUGCUAUGAUCAGUAAUGAUGGAAACGCAGAGAAGCUGAGCGCUUGUUACGAGCCUCAUGUCUGUCUGACUCGGGAUGCUUUGCUGAGGCUUCUGGACAACCACGGCCCUGACUUUAGAGAGCAGUGGGAACUGCCUGUUUGUGUGAAAGUAACCCCUGGAAAAGUCAAUAAUCGGCGGAAGACUGUUUACAUCGACUCGCCCCUCCUGAAGACUGAAAUGCCGGUUAGAGAGAGGAGUCGUAUUUACCACCAGGAGAGUCUGAAGCUCUCCGUCAUCAACAGUGGAAGCAGAAAUGUAUUCCAUUUGAUGACGGAGCGUCCCGUGGAUGUGCAGCAGCUCUUACCGGAGGGUUCGAAGCGAAGUUGUGUGGCCGCAGAAGACAAUGGCCUCAACUUUGAGGUGGACCUCUCAGACCUGGAGACAUUUGGUGAGACGACUACAAACGCAUCUGUAACGAAGAAGGUGCAGAAUGAGGAGGAUGCAGGAGUUGAAAGGAAAAGCUGUCCAAGCUCUCCACGCUUAAGUGCGACUCAAAGAUCCAGUGAAGAUCCUGACAAAAUGACCAGCAGCUCCCAGGAAGAGAUGGACUGCUCUUUGACAAACACGGAUAGUCCCGUAACUCAGCUGGCUGUGAGUGAGGCCAUUGUACAAAACACUGGACCAUCAGGACCGGGCCCUGCACCAGACAGUGAUGAAGAGCGAAUCUUGACAGCAGACUCCGACGAUGAGAAGCUGGUCAUUGAUGAUUGUUCAGCUGCACCAGAGACGCCUUCAAAACCUCUGAUUGCACCACCCUCUGCAGACCCACCAGUCACUCUAGUCCCCGAUCCCGCCCCGACCAACACAGACUCAUCGUCUCCACAUAAAGGAACGAGGUCCUGUCGGCAGCCCAAAAGAGCUAAGGUGACCGGAGAUCAGCUCGGGGAGAUCCUGCGCAUGCAAACAGCCAUGUUUAAGUCUUCCAGUGAAGCACCGACACCCACCAAGUCUCCCAGCAGACCAGUGGCGCCCGUGGUGCCCGUGGUGCACGCUCAUCCAACAUCCCUAGUUAAACCCUGCGUGACUUCGUAUCUGGAAAGACACCAGCACGAAGAUGGCGAGACCGGUGCUGCGCCCCACACGCCUGCAGUCGCAAACUUUCCUGCUGCAGAACACAAACAAAUACUAUCUCAAGAGCUUCAGGCCUGUGCAGAAGACGAGCAGGACUACGAGGCUCCGGCAGAGGGCAACCUGUUCUACAAGCUCUACAGCCUGCAGGACGUGUUGCUCCUGGUGCGCAGCUGUGUGUUUCUGACCCACACAAGAAAUGUAGGCAGUGGCCAAAACCAGCAUGUGCCAGUGCAUGUGCUGCCAAAGCUGGAAUAUCAACUCAGUUACGGUGUGGAGUGCCUGACCAGCGGCGAGGCCUGCCAGCUGUGGACGGAGACGUUGCUCCACUCCAGCACAGCCUCUUACACAGCACACAUCAACGCACAUACUUCAAAAGUGGCUUUGCUGAGACAGCUGCCUGAUGACUGGAAGCAGAGCAUCUCCUGCGAGUUCAAGCCUUCCAAGUCCCUGAAUAUACUGCACCACCUGCUGAAAAAGCUGACCGGGUUGGACGAAGGACAGUACCUGAUUGUGCACAAAGCGGGGGACCCAUUUGUCACCUUAUUAAAAGCGGGUCGGGGGUCGUACAACCUGCAGCAGGUCCACGGCUCUGCUCCACAACCCCCCACCUCUUGCCACGUGCCGUGGAUACCCGUCGAUCCAGCUGUCGUCCUGCCCUUCCAUCGCAAACACGGCCGGGUUCCCUGCACCUUUCCUCCAAAAGCAUGCCCCAAGAGAGCAAAGGAGGGAACGAACAACUCCAAAGGUGCCCAGAACAGCCAGAGCGGACAAGGCAAAAAGAAGAAGAAGAACAAACAAAAGUACCGCGCAGGCAAGCGCGAUCGGUACAUCCAAAACCUCAUUCAGAAAUCAGUUUAAAAUCCUCAGUCAGCCAGUCUGAUUCAGUAUAAUUAAUGUAACUUAAUUUUGAGGGUAAGUCAGAGGAUGAGCUGCAUUUAUCUGUGCAAGGAAGGGAAAAGAGGUUUUACAUGAUUUGUAAUUAAAAUUAAAUGUGAAUAUCAUAAAGUUUACAGUACAGUACGCAGAUUGUUUGAAUUUGAACUUUGUUUAAUGCCUUUUUAUGUAAUUUAUUUUUGUAUGUUCCGUGACAUUUCUUUGCUUUAAGUUAAUGUUUUGUAAAUAAAUAAAAAAACAGGUCAUCAAGUUGUUAUCUGGUUGUUGUCUGUAACAUGCAAAUGUUGGAUUGAGCAGUCUUGAGAUUUCCUGUAGGCAGAGAGCUGAUGUCACCGGGUUUGUGUGGGAACCCUCCAAAAAGCUUUACAACCUUAGAGUCUAGUUUGAGCUUGCUGCGGUGUGGGGCGGCGG